AUGAAAUUAUUAUUAUCUCUUCUAGUUAUCUUUGCCGUUAUGGCAUCAACUGCGAGUGCCUCCAACGAUGGAGUAAAGUGUGACUUGUGUCAAAUUAUUGUAAAGCGUGCUGAAGUUAUGAUCUUGAAGAAUGAAACUCAACAGCAUAUUAUCAACUCUAUGGAGAAGGCAUGCGCUAUGUUACCAUCGAAAUGGUCUCGUCCAUGUGUUGCUUUGGUUGAUUUCUACGGUCCACUCAUCAUCCAAAAGAUUGUCGAGCGUGAGAACCCAAAGGUUGUCUGCCAGCAACUCCGUAUCUGCAAGGUCGGCCAAUGUGAAGAAUCCGGUUUGGAAAUUGAAGAAAUGAUUGAAGAUCAAAUCGAAGAGGAAUUCUCAUGGUUCGAUGAAGAUUUCGAAGAGGAACAAAUGGACUUUGAAUUGGAAGAUGAAGAUUUCGAAACUGUCGAGAACUUGCAAAAGUGGAAGCCACAUAUUCCAGGAAAGAAUAUUAUCAAGAAGUACAAGUGCAAAGCAUGUUCUUUUCUUGUCAAGAAAGCUGAACACUUGGUAAAAGUUAACAAGACAGCCAAGGAGAUCCAACACCACUUGGAAAGCUCAUUUGUUUCGAAUGAAUUAGUAUCGGUUUCAGAUUUAGAUACUAUGUAUAACUCUCACCUUAUACUUCUAGUCAACAUUUAA